AUGAAGUUCAUGAAGCUUGGAUCCAAUCCGGACACCUUUCAGGAUGAUGGGAGCCAAGUCAGUAUUGUGGAUUCUGAAUUGGUGAGCGAUAUCACUGUUCGUCUAGGGACUACAAAGUUUCACCUUCACAAGUUUCCACUUCUAUCCAAGUGUGCUCGCUUUCAGAAGUUGAUCCCAACUACUGGUGAUGAAAAUAUUGAUAUCCACAUCCAUGACAUUCCUGGUGGCCCAAAAGCUUUUGAGUUAUGUGCCAAGUUUUGCUAUGGCAUGGUUGUCACACUUAAUGCCUACAAUGUUAUUGCUGCUCGCUGUGCUGCGGAGUACUUGGAGAUGAAUGAAACCGUCGACAAGGGUAAUCUAAUUUACAAGAUUGAUGUCUUCCUCAGCUCAUGCAUAUUCAGGAGUUGGAAAGACUCUAUUAUUGUUCUUGGAACUACAAAGGCUCAUUUACCAUGGUCAGAGGAUCUCAAGCUGGUUAGCCAUUGCAUUGACUCCAUUGCUUCAAAAGCCUCUGCUGACACUUCCAAGGUUGAAUGGUCGUAUACGUACAAUCGCAAGAAGCUCCCAACUGAGAAUGACCUCGAUUCGCAAUGGAACGGAGUCAAGAAGCAGCAGUCUGUGCCAAAGGAUUGGUGGGUUGAGGAUCUCACAGAUCUCGACAUUGAUUCCUACAAGCAAGUCAUAACAGCAAUCAAGACAAUGGGUAUGGUGCCAAAGGAGGCUAUCGGUGAGGCAAUCAAGGCAUACACAUACAAGAAGCUCCCGUCGUUAAGUAAGGUCUCAAUGAUACAUGGUGAUGCAAAGGUCCGAGCGAUGCUAGUUACCAUCACAUGCUUGCUGCCAUCAGAGAAAGGCUCAGUCUCAUGCAGCUUCCUGCUGAAGCUACUCAGGGCAACCAAUUUGCUUAAGUGUGGAGAGAUGUGCAGGAAAGAGCUUGUGAAGCGCAUUGGGCGACAACUGGAUGAAGCAUCCGUGUCAGAUCUUCUCAUUCCUACAGUCGAUGGAGAGACAACUGUUUAUGACAUUGACAUGAUCCUUAGCAUUGUUGAAGAGUAUGUCAGGCAAGACUGCAAAAAUGCCCAGAAACAUAAUGCUGAAUUGAACGGUCAUGUCCAAGCACCUAGCGCAUCUAUGAUUACAGUAGCAAAAGUUGUUGAUGGAUAUCUCACCGAAGUUGCAAAGGACCCAAAUACCCCUGUUUUGAAGUUCAUUCAUCUUGCUGAAGCAGUUUCAGGCAAUUCAAGGCCGUUCCAUGAUGGGCUAUACCGAGCCAUUGACACGUAUCUGAAGGAGCACCCAAGCUUAAGCAAGAGCGACAAAAAGAAACUUUGCUGCCUCAUGGACUGCAAGAAGUUGUCACCUGAUGCAUGCGCUCACGCUGUCCAGAACGAGCGUCUGCCUCUGAGAACUGUGGUUCAGGUUCUAUACCAUGAGCAGACAAGGGCUUCCGCAGCAGCAACCGUCCGAGCUGACAGCAUCUGCAUCGGCUCCUACGAAAGCUCAAGGUCAGGAGCCACAACGAACACUGAAGAUGAGUGGGAUGGAGUCAUAGCGGUGGAAGAACUCAGUCUGUCGAAGACUACAAAGCUAGACAAAUGUGACAGCGCUGAAAAGAGCCACGGCAGCAGCAAGAGCACCACCAAUGGCAAGGUGAAAGGCGGCGCGACACCAAAGAAGGUUCUCGGGAAGAUGCUGUCGAGCAAAGGGCUGACCGGGGAGCGGAGCAGCUCGGACUCAUCCGACAGCGCCAUCUUGCGGAGCCAGGAUCAUCCAAAGAGGACUCCCUCCAGGAGCACGAAGCCGGCUGCUGCAUAG